GAUUGUAAACACUCCUCCUCCCCCGAGCAGCAGCAUAGGUGUUAGCAAACAGUCGUUAAUGUUCAUCUUGGACGAACCUUCAGGCAUGCCUGCAUCAGAUAUCUCUAUUUUUAAUCACAGCCGCUAUCAGAUGAGGUCAUAAAAACGUUUUUUUGCUGCUUCACAAGUUUGCAUGAGACUGCUGUCGUAGAUCUAGACCUGCUACAGCUGCGCUUUCUGACCCUCGGAUCGACAGAAAGAAACAAGUUUCCUGAGCUUGUCCUCCUCUCCGCGGACAUGGUUCUUUCCCUGGUGAGCCUGAGCGCCAGAGAGGUGGUGAGCGACCACAGCUCGUGUCCGAGCUGGCUGCGGUGCGUGCCCCGGGAGCUGUACGGGCCCCUGCUGGAGGCUGCGUUCGCCGGCAGCAGACCGCUGGCCGUGGGCGAGCUGGCGCAGCGCUGGCCGCAGCGCGUCCUGCGGGUGGGAGGGCGGAGGAAGCGGGGACAGACGGCACCCAACCGCCUCUGCGUCCAGGCUCUGCUGCUCGCAGUGGUCAGGGGACUACCGGACCCACGGAAUGUUUAUUUCUCAUCCAGGUGUGCACUGGAAGUACUGGAUCUGUGUGGCCUGCAGGGAGACGAAGGAGGAACGGGUGACCCGAUGGGCGGCUGGUCUCUGACCGUGGCCCUCUGCACUAUGGUGGUUCAGGCCAGCGCUGCAGCACAGAGAGCCCAGAAGAAAGAGGGGGAACGGGAAAGGAAACGGUUCUCCGCUCUCGAAAGAGAAAAGGAUUUGAAAAGAGAGCGUGGGCAGAGAAUAGGGGCAAAGGAGACAAACAGUGAUGAGGAAUCCAUUAACAAAGAGAUGAUUGAAUCAUCAGCUGUUGUAGGUGAAGAGGGUUUGAUUAAAGGAGUUCGAAGGAGGAUGGAGAUAGAAAAGAAAAGCGGGACUGUGUCAACAGCUUUACGUGGUAGUAAAAGAGAAUUAGAAGAAAAGGAGGUUGAUAGUGAUGUGUUGUUACAUGUGCGAGCUGAUCUGUUUGUCAAUGCACGAUCUUGGGAGCGUGUUCGUGUGGCUCUGACCACAUCAGGUCCCCUGAAGCUUCAGUGCAGAUACUUACGCGUGGAAGAGAUUUCAGUCUCGAGUAUCAAGACCCUCCUGGGCCUGCUGCCUCGUAGGGCUCUCAUGGGCAUCGACAUUCGCUACAGCAGCCUUGGAGUGGCUGGCUUGGCCGAACUGCUGCCUCUGCUCUCCGUCUUUCCUGCACUGAAUUCCCUUCGCCUGCAUUACUGUAACCUGGAUUUCCGCAGAGACCACCUUGGUCAGGAAGAGGCUCUGAGAGAACUAUCGCAGGGGCUGGGACACCUAAAAGAACUGCGUCGGCUCAGCCUCACGGCUCUGCGGCUGCCUGGACAACUGCGGGUGCUGCUCAGCUCGCUGCCUCAGCCUUUAGAGGUCCUGGAGAUGCCUUAUUUGAGCCUGAGUCCAGCUGACCUUGCUUAUCUUUCCUGUAGUCAUCAUGCUUCCACGCUGCACCAGCUGGAUCUAAGUGAAAACCGCCUGGAUGAGACCACCCUGCCCUCGAUUCGCCGCCUACUCUCCCAGGCCUCGAGCAGUCUGCAGCACCUCUCUUUGAGUGGGUGCGGCCUGACCGAUGGUCUGCUGGGGCUCCUGCUGCCCUCUCUAGGGGGCUGCUUGGCCCUCAAGAGCCUGGCUUUGGCCCUGAAUCCUCUCUCCAUAGCGGGGCUCAUGGACCUGUUGCGGAUGGUAGUAAGAAUCCCCUCCCUGCGACAGUUACUCUACCCAAACCCCCUGGAGGACUAUCAGCCAGGCCUCCCUGACCUGCCCUCCAGUGCCCAACUGUUGGACUGGCCUCUUGAUGAAAUCUCACACGCAAACAUAACAGGCUUCCAGCUCAACAGGGUUCUUACAGAUAGUGGACGCUCCGACCUCCUCCUGACCUGCGACCUGCUCAAUUAUGAUAAAGACUUGGUGGAUUAGAGCAGCGUUUUACCUCCCUCACAAAAGUAUCAGAGCAUUGCACCUGAGCCUGAAAAUCAAACUGUCAACAUGAAAAAAAUUGUAUUCUUUAAUAACCUUUAUUUUGUUGCUUUUUCUUUGACACAAUCAGUUUUCAUGUGGACUUGAAUGAAAAAUGAAAUUAGCAAGACAUUAAUCAGUACAGCACAGACCUCCAUCAGCGAUCAAAAUAUGGGUUGAAUUCCAGAGGCGGCAUCCGGGAAGGCCUCUGGGCCACCAAAGCAACCCAUACGUUAUGGCCUGCAACAAGAAAUUGAUAUAUGAAAAGGUGAUUCAUAAAAAUAGACAUGCUGAUCUAGUUACACACAAAUGUCUGUAAGUGACAAACUGCCAUUCAAUCGAGAGGGCAGCACAGCUUGGAUACUGCUUCAAUUCACUUCAUUGCUGUAUAAAUGUAAGUGUAGCAUAAGAGUCGCUGUGGGUUUUUACAAAAAAAAAGUGGGGGAAAAAAGGAUUCGUGCUUGUGAAUUUUAUUACCAGGAUAUUUUUUUAUACAAAACAUCCCAAAUUGUUGGGAUUAUUUUAUGUAUACUAAAGUGUCUGAUCUAUUACUACAUGUGAGUACUGCGUACCGACAACGGCCUAAAGUGCAAGUUUGUUUUGUAAAAUUGUUUUUAUAUACUGUAACUAACUUUUAUUCAGUAUUUUACUCAAGUUUUGCUGUAUUUUGAAUGUUUGUAAUGAAAUUCUGUGAACUAGGCUUUCUGCACUUGUUCAUAAGUGCACCCAUCAGCCAAUAGCAGACAUGCAUUUCUAUAAUA